AUGAAUGUUAAUGAUGUCGAACAAGAUGGAUGGUAUACAGUUUAUUGUGGUCAUGGUAGAUUUACAUUACCUGUGCGAUAUCAAGAUUUAGUUCUUAUUGGACAAGGAGCUUAUGGUAUUGUAGUUCGUGCAACUGAUACUACAACAGGUAAAUACGUAGCUAUUAAAAAAAUUCUUCGUCCUUUUGAAACUGAUAUACAUGCAAAACGAACUUAUCGAGAACUUAAACUACUUAUGUAUCUCAAUCAUCCUGAUGCACAAGUGGUACAAUUAUAUAAUGUAUUUACACCUGAACAGAAUGUAAACGAAUUUCGAACAAUAUACUUAGUAUUGAAUUUUGUUGGUCAUGACUUGAAUAAACUUCUAUUACAACGUGUACCACUCACAGAAACACUUAUUCAAUUAAUUAUCUGUUCACUUCUUCGUGGUUUGAAGUUUAUUCAUUCAGCUGGUAUUCUCCAUCGUGAUUUAAAACCAACAAAUAUUGGAAUCGAUCGAAAUAGCAAUGUUACAAUUCUUGAUUUUGGAUUAGCUAGUGUUGCAUCAAUUUGUCCUGCCACUACUUAUGUUUGUACCAGAUGGUGGCGUGCACCAGAAAUAUAUCUCAAUGAGAAAAAAUAUAAUGAAAAAAUUGAUAUAUGGUCUGUUGGUUGUAUAAUGGCAGAACUAAUCCUACAUAAACCACUUUUUCCUGGACAAACUAAAUUUGAUCAGUUAAAUAAAAUAUUUGAUAUUAUUGGUACACCAGAUUUAGCAACAUUAUCAGAGAUAUGUACAUCAGGAUAUUUUAUGCGAAAAAUUUUAGAAACAUCUACUUAUAUGAGUCAAAUGGAACCUAGACCCAAAACAAAUUUUAAUGAAUUGUUUGGUUAUCAAAUUGAUCCAUCAACAGGAAGAACAAUAUCUGGUGUUUCACCAGAAGGUGUUGAUUUACUUGAUCAGCUUCUAUCUUUUGAUCCUCGUCAACGUCCAACUGCUGAACAAGCCUUAAGUCAUCCGUUUUUGGAAUUUUAUCAUGAUCCAGAUGAUGAGCCAACUAUAGAACCUAUGAUUAAUGAACAUCAAAAUGCAGAAUAUACUAAAGAGCAAUGGAAAGCUAUUGUAUGGCAAAUGGUUGAAGAGUUUAUACCACCAUCUUGGAUCGACAAUGAUGCAAUAGACGAUUCAUAA